AGUCCUUCUUGCGGUCUCCAGAACAAGUGUCACUGGCAACAGACGUCAAGUCGAUUGGUUCCAUCAGCCGAAACUGAGCUAUGUAGCUCCCCCAGCCCGCAUUCUAUCGUUGCUGAGAAGUUUUAGGGUUCUGUUGCAUCUUUUUCACUCUUGUGACCCCCACCCCUUCGCCAAAAUCCGGCUGCUAGAUGUGACGACGAGGCUGAUCAGGAGAAGCCACCAUGUCCUGAACACAGACGGGCCCUCCGGAGCCCUGUCCCCCCACCCCGUCCCCCCUUCCCCUGCCCCCUCUCCCAUCCACCACCUUACCCCUUCUCCCAGCCCCCUCCAACUCCCGCACCUCUCUGCUCACGUACGAGACAGGCUGCCUAGCUCUGGCUCCCCCCUGGCACACCCCUCUCCUCCUCCAGGAGAGAUGAGCUUACAGAAGCACCAGCAGCUGGGCAGUGGAUGUGGUGUUGUCAUGGGUUCUGAUCGGGACCUACAGUCCACUGCUUCUUCCAUUUCCCUGCCAUCUGUGAAGAAGGCUCCUAAGAAGAGGCGACUCUCCCUGGCUUCUCUUUUUCGAAGAAGAGGCCGGGAUAGUAAAUCAGGACACCAGAGGUCCAGGGAACUCCAGCACCCUGGAUCAGGAGGCCUAGCAGGAGUGGAUGGUAUUGCCAGCAUUGAGAGCAUUCACUCGGAAAUGUGUAAUGACAAGAACUCUGCCUUCCUCUCUGUGGCUGGGACAGGAGCUGCCCUUGCUGCUGCUGCCUCCUUCUCAUCUGCCUCAGGGCCUUCUUCUUCUACUUCCUCCUCCUCUAAAAUAGGGGUAAGAGUGGGGGCAGAGUUACUGGAGUGCCCACUGUGCCUUCUACGCCUCUCUAGGGAGAGUUUCCCCGACAUUAUGACCUGUCACCACCGCUCCUGCAUCGACUGCCUGCGCCAGUAUCUGCGCAUUGAGAUCUCAGAGUCACGUGUCAAUAUAAGCUGCCCCGAGUGCUCCGAGCGCUUCAACCCACAUGAUAUCCGCAUGAUCCUGGGGGAUCGCAUGCUAAUGGAGAAAUAUGAAGAGUUCAUGCUGAGGAGGUGGUUGGUCGCUGAUCCGGACUGCCGUUGGUGCCCUGCGCCAGACUGUGGAUAUGCAGUAAUAGCCUUCGGGUGUGCCAGCUGUCCAAAGAUCACAUGUGGCAGGGAUGGCUGCGGCACCGAGUUCUGUUACCACUGCAAGCAGCUGUGGCAUCCCAACCAGACCUGUGACGCAGCACGGCAGCAGAGAGCCCAGAGUCUCCGUCUGAGAACCGUGCGCUCGUCCUCCCUCAGUUACAGCCAGGAGAGCGGAGCUCCAGCUGACGACAUCAAACCAUGUCCUCGCUGCGCUGCUUACAUCAUCAAAAUGAAUGAUGGGAGCUGUAACCACAUGACCUGUGCUGUCUGUGGCUGUGAGUUCUGCUGGCUCUGCAUGAAGGAGAUCUCAGACUUGCACUACUUGAGUCCGUCAGGCUGCACGUUCUGGGGGAAGAAGCCCUGGAGCAGGAAGAAGAAGAUCCUUUGGCAACUGGGAACACUGGUGGGUGCCCCUGUUGGAAUCGCACUAAUUGCUGGGAUAGCCAUCCCCGCCAUGAUCAUCGGCAUACCUGUAUACGUGGGAAGGAAGAUCCAUAACCGCUAUGAAGGCAAAGAUAUUUCCAACCACGAGAGGAACCUGGUGAUUGCUGGUGGAGUGACUCUCUCUGCCAUCGUGUCCCCUGUGGUGGCUGCAGUCACUGUCGGCAUCGGGGUACCCAUCAUGCUGGCAUAUGUCUACGGCGUGGUGCCCAUCUCCCUGUGCCGCAGUGGAGGCUGCGGAGUUUCUGCUGGAAAUGGAAAAGGAGUGCGCAUAGAGUUUGAUGACGAGAACGGCAUGAAUGGUGGCAGUGGAACAGCCGCUACUGAUACCACAUCAGUAGCAGACACCAGGAACAAUCCCAGUAUAGGUGAAGGCAGUGUCGGGGGGAUGACCGGUAGCUUGAGUGCCAGCGGCAGCCACAUGGACCGCCUCGGAACCGCCAGAGACAACCUGAGUGAGACAGCCUCCACCAUGGCUCUGGCUGGAGCCAGCAUCAAUGGCAGCCUGUCCGGCAGCGCUAUGGUCAAUUACCUACACAGGAUGGAGGUUCAGGCUGAUGUGCAGAAGGAACGCUGCAGUCUCAGUGGGGAGUCUGCUACUGUCAGCCUGGGCACAGUUAGUGAUAACGCAAGCACCAAAGCAAUGGCUGGAUCCAUUCUUAAUGCCUACAUGCCUCCGGACAGAGAGGGAAGCAGUUUGGAGGUCCAGGUGGACAUUGAAUCUAAACCCGUUAAACGACGGCAUCACAGUGGCAGUAGCAGUGUCGAUGACGGCAGCAAUGUUGGCCUCUGCGGCUGGACCAAUCCCACCACGGGCUGCAGCUCCUCAGAAGGCAAAGGAAACGCUGCUAAGUGGGCCAAAGAGGCGUCAUUCUCCUCCUCUUCCAGCUCUGGGGGCAAAAAGAGCAAAGGCAAGCUGCGCAAGAAAGGAGGCGGGGGAACAAAGAUCAAUGAAACACGGGAAGAUAUGGAUGCUCAGCUCUUGGAGCAACGCAGCACUAACUCCUCAGAGUUUGACUCUCCAUCACUGAGUGGCAGCCUGCCCUCUGUGGCCGACUCUCAUUCCAGUCAUUUUUCAGAGUUCAGCUGCUCUGACCUGGAAAGCAUGAAGACGUCCUGUAGCCAUGGCUCCGGCGGUGGGGACUACCACUUGCGCUUUGCCACCGUCAGCCCCUUGCCCGAGGUGGAGAAUGACCGCCUGGAGACGUGCCCUGCUUCUUCGUCCUCCUCUCAAGGACACGGAGCUGGGAUUCCUCUUCAGUCUCCAACCUCCACCACCUCCUCCCUGGGUAAUGGUACAGAGCCAUCUCCUGUCUCCUUCAUUACAGACGAGAACAUCAGCCUUGCGUGUCCCAGUGAGCUGGACUCUUACAGCAACACCGGGGAGCUUCUGAAGGAACACAACAACAAUCACCAACAACAAGAGCCAGCCCCAACUGAGCAGCAGACCAAGAACUCCUGUAUACAGACUGAUAUUUAAUGAACUUAAUACCUUAAGUGCUGCACACAUACUUUAUACAUGACCUCCUUCCCUUCUUUAAUCUAACAAUUGCUGCUUAUGGUUUAACCUGCAGUUUUGGUUAUUCCCUCGCAACAGAUGCAUUUUACAUUAGGAUGCAUGUUUUCCAUAGAAGUAGCUUUUGAGUAAAACUGAACUGAAGUUACUAUCAGAGGGCCUUUGGGUGUAUAAAAGGUUUUGAUAGAACAGUCAUCUGAAAGUAUUAAAGAUGUUUCUGAUUGUGUUCCUGUGUGCGCCUGACACUGUCAAGAUGUUUUGGACCAUUCCUUAUUUGCUACUUUUUACAGGAAGCAGUGCACUUAUUUGGCCGUGCAUUGAUCUGUGUAGGUUCAAAUAGUUUUGCAAGUAUUUCAGUCUUGCUCUAAAGCCUGGAUGCAACAUCACACCUAAAUCAUUCGUCCUUACUGAGACAAACUGAGCUAGGGACCAGGCAAUAUGUAAUGUUAAAGUAAGUGUGUUGGGGGGAAAAAAAAAUAAAGAUAAAAAAAAUAUAUAUAUGUAUAUAUAUAUACAUACAGUCAGUCAGUCUGACUGACUGUAUGUAUAUAUAAAUAUAUAUAUAUAUAUAUUUAUAUAUAAAAUUCUCAUUUUGUACAACCUGAGCACCAAAUUCGGAAUAAUUUCAGCUCGAAAAUCUACGUUUAAUGAAGCUGAGAUUUUCUUUAAACAGAUCUGCUGUGGGAGAUGGUGCUCCACUGCUUUUUCUUGUUUGUUGAGAAGAUACCUGUAGCACAAACCUCUCAAGUGUUGUUUAGUGCCAAGAAAACCUUGAAAGCCAGAGCAGAAGCUCUGUGAAAUACAGUGGCGGUGGUAUUAUUGUUUUGGGCGGGAGGGGGGGUCUCUGGAAGGACGCAGUUGUAGAUUGUGCUGAAAGUUGAAAUUGUAAAAUGAACCAGCAGGUUGAUCAGUCGACUGAAAUUGUACAACGAAAAUGUUUACGUACUGUUUAGAGCUGAUUCUGCUGGAUGAUGGUUUCACCUCACUGAGAGCUUUGAUAUCUUAACUCAUGGUGCCUUCAGGAAGCUGCUUUGGUUUCUCUUCAUUGUGUUCUACGGAGGAGAACAUAUUACAGAUAGCAGAAUGUUAGCUUCUUCACACACUGAAACAUACUGUGGUGGACAUCGUAACUGAGGACUUUUCAGUAGCCUACCAAAGACAGCACUCAGGCUCUUGUUAAUUCUUUGACGUUUCAGCUGCCGACAGUAAGGUGCGUCCUUUUUUUACAUCGCGGGGAUGAAUGACGACCUGACCCAAGACCACACACACAUCCAGACUGCUGUUUUUACAUGUUCCACUAGAGCUACGCAAAUAACUGAGGCUGCACCUCAGCUCCAGGCACCGCCACUAUUACUUGUUUCAGAUUGAUUAAUGUUCCACUAAUGCACAAAGGUUCAUGGGAAAUGUGAGUUUGUUUGGGUUAAUCCUCUUGUGAUUCCAGUUAGUGUUGCCAAAUGGUGCUGCUGAGCAGACUUGAAGUCAGUUUUGUGUGUUUUUUGCCCAGAGUCUUACCUCAGACUAUUUACUGUUCUGUGGUCUGCUUUGAGGCCACUGAGCUGGUUCUGGUGAGCCUCUACUAGCUGUGGUUUUGGACCCAGGUCUGUUAUUGAACAAACAAUUGGUUCUGGCUUGGUUCUGUGAGUAAGGCUUCAUAGAUGCAGUAAUUCCCUUCAUCAAAGCUAGGAUUUUUCUUGUCUUUCUUCCCCUUCUUGGUUUUAACCAAAACUCAAAUGAUUUGGUUGUAAUUUGCACACCAGUGCCAGAUUACAGUGGUCAUUUGUGCAGAAUGGGAUAAGGUGUUUGUAUAUUUGUUUGGUAAUUUGCUUUACUAUAUGCGUGUAAAUGCAUAUUUACAAAAAUAAAAAAAAUUAUACCAAA